GUCACGUUAAACCCUACACCUCUCCUGGAAGCUGAGCUUCCGAUAUCAGAAAGUUUUUUUUUCAUCUUUUGUUGUUCCUCUGGUUAAAGUUUUUAUUUUUCCCUUUAGGGUUUGUCUUCUCGAGGUAUGUAUUGAUGUUCGAUCGUCUUGAUGCGAAAUUAAUCCGUUGUGUGGACAAGAAGGCCGGAUAGAUGAGGAUGCUCUCAAGACCAGGAACAUUACUCCGUAUUGAUACGAAAUGCUCCUGUUUUUUCACUGUAUCUAAGAAUCUUUCAUCCUCGUCCGAUGGUUCCUCUUCGGAGUUUCCCGGCAGAUCAGUUCAUUCAGAUUAUGGUAAUAAUCAUGAGAACAGGACAAGGGUUGAGAGUUAUAGGGAACUGGUAGAUGAAGUCUGCCGUGUUUUGCAGAGCGGUCCAUGGGGACCUUCAACUGAGAAUGCUUUAUCGGCACUUAAUAUAAAUCCCCAGCCAGUAUUAGUUACUGGGGUUUUAAGGAAGCUAAACGAUGUUGAUCGUGCAAUUCAUUAUUUCCGAUGGUAUGAGACAAAAACCGACGUGGCACAUUGUCCAGAAGCAUAUAACUCGUUGCUUUCAGUGAUGGCUCGCAGUAGAAAUUUCGAUGCUUUGGAGCGAAUUCUCGAGGAAAUGAGUGUUGCAGGAUUUGACCCUUCCGUGAACUCUUGUAUCGAGAUGGUUUUAGGCUGUGUUAAGGCGAAUAAGCUCAGAGAUGCUUUCAAUAUCAUACAGACAAUGAGGAAGUUCAAAAUCCGCCCUGCUUAUUCGGCUUACACAACUCUAAUCGGUGCAUUGUCAGCUGUUAAUCAAUCUGAUAUGAUGCUGACUCUUUUUCACCAAAUGCAGGAACUGGGUUAUGAAGUAACUGUUCAUCUGUUUACGACGUUGAUUCGUGCCUUUGCCAGAGAGGGGCGAGUAGAUUCUGCCCUAUCGUUGCUUGAUGAGAUGAAGAGCAAUGCUCUUGAUGUUGACAUUGUUCUCUACAACGUAUGUAUAGACUGCUUCGGUAAGGCAGGUAAGGUUGAUAUGGCAUGGAAAUUUUUUCACGAGAUUGAAGCAAAUGGCUUGAAACCUGAUGAAGUCACAUAUACCAGCAUGAUAGGAGUUUUGUGCAAGGCGGAAAGGUUGGAUGAAGCUGUAGAAAUGUUUGAACGUUUGGAAAGGAAUAGACAGGUCCCUUGCGCUUAUGCAUACAAUACUAUGGUAAUGGGUUAUGGUUCAGCUGGAAAAUUUGAGGAAGCAUACAGUCUACUAGAGAGACAGAGGGCAAAGGGAUCUAUACCAAGUGUAAUUGCAUAUAACUCUAUUCUUACAUGCCUCAGGAAAAAGGGAAGAGUGGACGAAGCUUUGAGAAUCUUUGAGCAGAUGAAGAAAGAUGCUGCUCCAAAUCUUUCUACUUAUAAUAUUCUUAUUGACAUGCUGUGCACAGCAGGUAAACUUGAUCAUGCUUUUGAGCUGCGUGAUUCAAUGCAAAAGGCUGGCCUGUUUCCUAAUGUUAGAACUGUAAACAUAAUGGUUGAUCGGCUCUGUAAAGCCCGGAAACUUGAUGAAGCUCGUUCUAUAUUUGAAGAGAUGGAUUAUAAGGUCUGUACCCCAGACGAUUACACAUUUUGCUCGCUCAUUGAUGGCUUGGGGAGGAGCGGAAGAGUAGAUGAAGCUUUUAAAGUCUACGAGAAGAUGUUGGAUUCUAAUUGUCACCCUAACUCCAUUAUUUACACAAGUCUCAUAAAGAACUUCUUCACCAAUAGUAGAAAAGAAGAUGGCCACAAGAUAUACAAAGAAAUGCUUAAUCAAGGUUGUUCUCCUGAUCUACGCUUACUUAACACUUACAUGGAUUGUGUGUUUAAGGCUGGUGAACCUGAAAAAGGUAGGGCUUUGUUUGAGAAGAUAAAAGCCCAUGGGUUCAUUCCGGAUGCUCGAAGCUAUUCAAUCCUAAUCGACGGGCUAGUGAAAGCUGGGUUUUCGAAUGAAACCUACGAAUGGUUUUAUUCCAUGAAGGAGCGAGGCUGUGUUUUGGACACCCGUGCUUAUAAUGUUGUUAUCAAUGGUUUCUGUAAGUCUGGAAAAGUGAACAAAGCUUAUCAGCUGUUGGAGGAGAUGAAAACAAAAGGUCAUGAGCCUACUGUUGUUACCUACGGUUCUGUAAUUGACGGUCUCGCUAAAAUUGACCGGCUUGAUGAAGCUUAUAUGCUCUUUGAGGAAGCCAAAUCGAUGGGCAUAGAGUUAAAUGUGGUAGUAUACAGCAGUCUUAUCAAUGGCUUUGGGAAAGUAGGUAGAAUCGAUGAAGCUUACCUUAUCAUGGAAGAGCUAAUGCAGAAAGGACUAACACCUAAUGUUUUCACAUGGAAUGCCUUGCUUGAUGGAUUGGUCAAGGCGGAGGAAAUCGAUGAAGCCCUCGUCUGUUUUCAGUCCAUGAAAGACAUGCAGUGCACUCCAAACGAAGUUACUUAUGGUAUUCUAAUAAAUGGUCUUUGCAAGGUCAGUAAGUAUAAUAAAGCCCUUGUCUUUUGGCAGGAGAUGCAGAAGCGUGGGCUAAAACCCGGUACCAUUAGCUACACUACCAUGAUAUCUGGACUCGCAAAGGGCGGGAAUACUGCAGAGGCUAGUACGCUGUUUAAUCGGUUUAGGGCAAAUGGAGGCAUACCAGACUCUGCUUGUUAUAACGCCAUGAUAGAAGGCCUGAGUAAUGGAAAUCAGGCGAUGGAAGCUUUUACCCUUUUUGAGGAAACACGUCGGAAAGGACUUCAGAUUCAUAACAAAACAUGUGUGGUUCUUUUGGAUGCCCUCGAGAAGGAUGAAUGUCGCGAACAGGCAGCUAUUGUUGGAGCUGUUUUGAGGGAAAAUGCAAAGUCGCAACAUGCUGCAAGAUCUUGGUAGAGAUGGGUCAUCAUCCAUCCAUUUUUCUUGUAUAGGAAAAUGAAAAUCUAUCUGGAUGACAUCUGAUCCAGCAAAAGUGAUCCUUUUGCAAAGUUCUACCUCAAGGAUCUCGAGUUUUGCUAGACAGGACACUGUUUUUGACAAUAGUUAGGUGGUCUCAUCUCUUCAAACAUACAAGCUACUACACAGGCAGAGGUAGUUUAACUCGCCUUAGACCUGUUCAAGCCUCUGGAACACAACUCAACGAUCACCCGGAUAAUCGAAGUGCUGUUUCCAUGUAACUUUAUUCUCAAGAACGGCCGAAAUCUUCACGAAUUUAGUUAUACGCGGUUGCUCAGCUCCAGCAUCAGCCUCCUUCUCCAGGACUCCAACAAAAUAAGCCGUCUAAGAGGAAAUGCAUAAGGCACCAAUACUGAGAGUUGUUGUGAUCGUUUUUGAUAAUAAAUCCUCUUGCUCUGUUUCGGUUCAUUGCUACAAAAACAUAGAAUCAGAGAAAAGAGUUGCCUCUUGAUCUUGUUGUUUGGAUUUGGAAAGGAUAAGGAAAUGAUUCAUUUGGGUCAUUUAUCCUCUGGCCGCAGCCUCUUGCUUCAUACAUUUCCUUGUGUGUUGAAUGAGUUGUACAAUUGACUUGAAAUAAAAGCUCCACAUGCACUAGAGUUUUAAUU